AGUGCAGCCAACAAUGAAGGCAGUGACUGACAUCCUCCUCCCUCUCCUUUUCCUGGCUAAAGGUGGGUGUUGUGCUUUUACUGUGGAAGGAUAUGCAGGAGAUUCCAUCAUCAUCAAGUGUAAAUAUAAGGAUAAACACAGAGACCAAAACAAAUACUUUUGCAAAGAUGAUGGCAUUGGGGGUAAAUAUCUCUGUGAUACUCAAAUACAAACAGAGGGUAAUAAAGGGUGGCAGACUAAAGGCAGAUUCUCUCUGUAUGACAAUACGGACGGCGGAUUCUUAAAGGUGAUCAUGAGAAACCUGACAAAGAGUGAUGAGGGGAAGUACUGGUGUGGAGUGAAGAAAACCUUCUUAGAUGACUACACAGAAGUCAAUCUGAAAGUGAAAGAAGGAAAAGAGAAAGUCUAUAGAGUGGCAGGGUAUGUUGGAGAUGACAUCACCAUCAAAUGCAAGUAUAAAUAUACUGAUAAACACAAGAUCAAGUAUCUGUGUAAGAACACAGCUGUAGGGUGUGAGGAUAGAAUAAGAACAGACAGAAAGGACCAAUGGGAGAGAAGAGACAGGUUCUCUCUCUAUGACGACACCACUGGAGGGUUCUUCAUGAUCAUCACCAAGCUCACCGAAGAGGAUUCUGGGACAUACUGGUGUGUUGUGGAUGAACCAGUCUCAGCUGACUCUAAAGUGAGUGUCGACACAUUCAAGACAAUACAGCUGGAUGUAGGCCCACACAGUGGACUUCCAUCCAUUAAAAUGAUUGGGUAUGUGGGAGGUGCAGUGAUGAUUAAGUGUAGCUUCUUACGUAACUACGCCACCAAAAAGAAAUACCUCCGCAAGAUGAUAUCUCCUGGACCUGGAUAUGAAGACAAAAUAACAACUGAUGUCAAUGACAAGUGGACUACAUUGGACCGCUUCUCUCUAUUUUAUAACUCCUCUGGAAACUUCUCUCUUGUGAAAAUCAGAGAGCUGACCAAUGAUGAUGUUGGGACAUACCAGUGUGCAGUGGACAUACCAUUUAAUUACAAUAGGCAAGUUAGUGUUGGCGAGCACAUGGAUGUGCGUCUGCUUGUGGAGAAAGAUGCUUGUUGUGAAAGCCAUGUGCGGAUUAAUGUCGUUCCUGGAGAACAACUUAACAUCAGCUGCAAGUAUCCUGUUCGACACAGAGCCAAUCCCAAGUUCUUCUGCAGGGAAAAUGAUCAUUUUGAAUGUAGAUACAAGUUUACGAGCCAAGACAGCAGGGAGAAGAGAGAGAUGGGUCUGUACUCUCUUCAUGACGACAAGGGGAGCAGGGUGGUUGUUGUGUCCUUCAAAAACAUCACCAAUUUUGAAAGUGGACAAUACUGGUGUGGAGUGCAGGUAAACAGGGAAUUAGGAGGCUACAAGACGUUCAUCACCAAGAUCUCACUACGUGUUAAAGCUUCACUAACUCCCAGUAGUUCAUCACCAAGAUCAUCAACAGAGACACAAUCAAAAACAUCUACAGUGUCACUAAGACCAACCCCUGAGGAGGUGACUGUGCAGGUCAAAACCUCACCUGUAACAAUCGCUCAAACACAUGGUUCUCCAGUGGUUCUGCCCAUCUCCAUGAUCAUAAUGUUGAUUUUGAUGGGAAUCGUUCUCUUCACUUUUGUCGAGUGCAGAGAGAGCAGGGGUAAAGAACCAACCUCAAUCCUAACCAACACUCAAGACAACAACGAACAAAGAGCAGACUGUGAUUAUGAAGAGGUCAAGGACACCGACAUCUCAGCAUCUGGACACAGCACUGUGUGUGCUGUGUACGCUGUGGCUCAACUCCCCACAGACACCUGCACUGACCCACAUUGCUCAACUGUCCAAUUACACAUAAGCCCUGGAGAUGACCCGACAUACUCAACAAUGCAAUACUCACCUGGAGAUCACUCUGAAGGCUCUGGCUAUGCCUCUGUCACUUUCCGGAAGAAUCUGUCCUCCAACAAUGAAUCUGUCACACUCAAUACAGAUGAACUCUCCUGUGAUUAUGCAACUGUGAACUGCCCUUCCCAUACUUAGAUGUCAUUUAGUUCUUAAAAUGUGAAUAUAUUGGAUAUUUUUUAGUUUAAGUAAAACUAAAAUAAUUACAGUACAUGACGGCAAGUAUUUCAGCAAGACAUUAUUUUUGUUCUCACUGACUUUGGUCUGGUCGUCCAAAAUAAGCCUUAGUUACUCUCUCACCUGACUCAUGAUCUUCAACGAAAAUGGGAGGAAAUUACUCACUAGGUCAUGGUCAAUUAUUCAGUUAAGGAUGAUAUUGAUACGAAAAUGGGAUGAAGUUACUCUCACUAGAUUAUGGUCAAUUAUUCAGUUAAGGAUGAUAUUGAUACGAAAAUGGGAUGAAGUUACUCUCACUAGAUUAUGAUCAAUUAUUCAGUUAAGGAUGAUAUUGAUACGAAAAUGGGAUGAAGUUACUCUCACUAGAUUAUGAUCAAUUAUUCAGUUAAGGAUGAUAUUGAUACGAAAAUUAGAUGAAGUUACUCUCACUAGGUCAUGGUCAAUUAUUCAGUUAAAGGAUUAUAUUGGAUUGGAUUGUCCCGAGAGAUUCUGGUUUGAUUUAAUAGGGGGGGGGGGGGGGGGGGGUUGCCUUUUGUAACCACUGUGCCUCUGUUUCUGUAUGUGUUUGAAGUGAGAGGUUGUCAUUUGAGUUGCCAUUUGGUCUCUGUCCCCUCCCUCUCUGUGUUCCCUCUAAGAUCAAUGAAAUCACAACUGAACCCCAAGUUAGUGAUGUCUUUAUCAAAUGAUCUUAUUCAUGUUUGGUAUCAUGCUACUGAUAAACAAUACAUGUAGAUAUGAUAUUUCAGAAAUGUAAGAGAACCCUCAUGGUUCAUAGGCCCACAUUUAUGAAUAGGGUCUCUGUGUAAAUGUCUAUUUGAUAUUUGAUUUAAGAGUGUCUUUGUUCUGGUUGGAUAGAAAGGAAAGUUACAAAGACUUUGAGUUCUUCUGCUUCUUAUACUGUAUGUGUGUAACAAUAUAUGUGCCAGGAAUGCUAUACUGUAUUUGUUUUUUUACUGAUAAUCUAUUUUAAAUUGUUUUUAUAUUGUUGUUUAAUGCUUUAUUUUUAUUAUCUGUAGUAUGUGAUUAUUCCUGCCAUUACAAUAAUGUAAAAUAACACUUUAC